AUCAAACUGUUUGGGGCAACCAAAACGUGACUACUUCAUGUAACGCGUCGGAAAGCCUCCAACCUCGUGGAAUCCAAACAUGGCGGAGAUCCCGCAGUUAGUGAAGGAUGCAGUUCUAGCAUCAAGCGAACUGAUGCCUCCAGGAUCCUCGGAAGUGAAAGGUUAUGACUUCAGUAAUGGAGUGGAUUAUCACGCAUUGCUGGAGUCAUACAGAACAACAGGAUUUCAGGCCAGCAACUUUGGCAAAGCGGUAGAAGAAAUCAACAAAAUGAUUAAAAAGAAGUUAGAGCCUCUUCCAGAACCUGAAGAUGGUACUGUAAAUAGUAAUUACCUUGAUCCUGGUCAGCGACCAAUCGACAAUUGUACAAUAUUCUUAGGAUUUACUUCUAACAUGAUUUCAAGUGGUGUAAGAGAGACAAUAAAAUACCUGGUAAAGAAUAACAUGGUUGAUUGUAUAGCCACCACAGCUGGCGGCAUUGAAGAAGACCUGAUGAAAUGUAUGGCUCCUUCUUAUAUUGGUGAUUUUUCAUUACGUGGUGCUGAACUGAGAAAAAAGGGAAUCAACAGAAUUGGCAACUUGCUUGUACCAAACAAUAAUUACUGUCAGUUAGAAGAGUGGAUUCUGCCUGUGUGGGAUAAGAUGUUGGAAGAACAAAAAACACAAGGAAUAAAGUGGACCCCAUCUCAAGUUAUUGCAAGGCUUGGAAAAGAAAUAAAUCACCCAGACUCAGUUUGGUACUGGGCUUACAAGAAUAACAUUCCAGUGUUCAGCCCAGCCCUUACUGAUGGUGCAUUAGGGGAUACCUUAUACUUUCAUUCGUACAAGAAUCCUGGCUUAGUAAUUGAUAUUGUAGAAGAUAUUAGGAAAAUGAACAAUAUCUCAGUAUAUGCAAAAAAUACAGGAAUGAUAAUUAUUGGAGGAGGUCUCAUAAAACAUCAUAUUUGUAAUGCUAACUUAAUGCGUAAUGGUGCAGACUUCUCUGUGUUUGUGAACACUGGGCAGGAAUUUGACGGCAGCGACUCGGGAGCCAGACCGGAUGAGGCCGUGUCGUGGGGAAAAAUCAAAAUCACUGCUUCUCCAGUAAAGGUAAAGAACGUGAGAACUUGGAAAAGUUUCUUUGCAACAUCUGGUGGCCGAAAAACUGUAAGGAAGUAAGGUUUCUCAUGAAAGUUUACGGGAAUUGGAGGGAAUGAUAACUGUUUCGCCCCAUGGCGAGUUCGCCCCCAACUUUUAGUGUUGGUGUUUACGUAGUUGUUAUCGAGUUAUCAAACGUUUUUGAAGAACCAUUUCAGUCUACGUAUGUUUGAUAAACUUAGAUGAUGAUUGUUCGAAGUCAAACGGUUACCGGUCAUCUCGCCACCAAGCGAAGUCACCUCGCCACCAAGCGAAAUUUUCUCGCCACCAGUACUCUGAUAAGGGGAGGCAGUGGAUUAAAGAACGAGGAAUAAUCUCUAUAUGCGACUCGAUCUGGCUGGGGGCGAACUCGAUCAAGUUGAGUCGAUGUGGGGGCGAACUCGCCAUGGGGCGAAACCGGCAGCUACCGUUUACGGGGACUACAAUCGUGGGAUUAUUUACAAUGUAAGCAUUGAAACAUUGUAACAUUUCCCAACCCUCAUUUCUUCGUUUUCCAGCGUUUAAGUUUAAAUCUUUGAAAUUUGGACUGGGCGAAAGGAAUAUUGUUCUUGAUUGGGGGUUAUGGACAUAACUCAGAUGGAUCUUUAUCAAACGAAUGACACUUCUGAAAAGUAGUUAUCGUUUGAACAAUACAAACUUGCUUCUCACAUAGUCUGCAAAUCUGGAAAAAAGAAAUUUCGUUGUUAAGUUUUCCAGACAUGGAAAAAUUAUGCACUGUGGAAAAUUAAUGUCGAGGAGAAGUGGGAAAUUUUAUCCGACAGGCAAACGUGGUAGCUCAUAUUCACAAUGCGCUAAUUCCGUGAAAAAAAGAGAUCACAAGUGUAUUUAAUGUAAUAAAAAAGAAUACAAUUUAAAUAAAAGAACAAUUUUAAAUUAAAAACUGAGACACCGCCAAGCAAAUCUAAAUCAAUUCAUUUUUUAAGACGCAAACCUAAAACCACCAUAGAAUUAAUAUCACGGUAAAAAAAGAGGCAAGGUUUUCAACUGAAAUGGCCUGGCGCACGCUACUGGUGUACACGGCUAAAAAUCACACCUAAUUUGGCUCUUGUGAACUUUUUUAAAAUCAGAUCACGUUGAUAUUUGGCAAGAAGUUGAAGUUUGUGAAUAUCUUCCCACUGAAAAGGUUUGGGUCUGCGUAUAUGGUUGAAUAAAAGAGAGUAUUUUAAAAAAAGUCGUCUAAAACGGGGCCAGUUUGAUCGCUUCGCGUAACAUUUGAAGUCUUACUAGGCACAUUUUAGGAUCUCGAAGUUGUGCCUAAAGAUAUGCGUAAAGUGUUCAAAGACUGUGCCUAAAUUGUGCCAAAUCGUGCUUAAUCGUGGCAAAGUUGUGUGUUAAAGAGCUCUUAAAGGAUUCUUUAAACUAACCUGUGUGAGGCCUAUACUACAAUCUUUGUUAUGCGAUAUAAUAAAUAUAUAAACAAUAGCCUCCAUUUGGCGCAAAAAUAUGCUAAGAUAUUUGUCCGCGGA